UUGUGAAAAGAUAUGACAAGUGAAGCACCAAGUUGGGCGGAUCAAUGGGGAACCGGAGGGAUCGGAGAGAUGCCGGAGGAAGAUAACACCAAAAGUGCCGGCGGUAAGAAGUCCGGCACGACCAAAGCCAAGAUUAUUGACUUCAUAAGUUUCAAGUGGAUGAAGAAUCUUGUGCACAAGAAGAAGACAAAAGACUAAUUCUUAAAAAUGAAAAGAAGGCAACAUUUUCUAUGUACCCUUUUCCUUCUGAAGAUAUCAAAAUCUGUCAUUGUAUUUGUUUGUUUUCAUGUCGAGUUUCAUGUGAAUUAUGUAUGGUGCAUCCCACGAUUGAAUGUUUUUUUUUGUUUUGUUA